AUGGGCAAUACUAUUUAACACAAAAUAAGAAAUCCAGCAAAUUGUUUGGGUUGUAUGGGAUAGGAAAAUGAGGGAUUCGAUUUGAAUGAACUUCAAAUAGGACUAGAUAAUGACAAAGCUAGAGGUUUUACUUGAGUUUAUGUGAUUUAGGAAGAAUCACCUAACAAUCAACUGCUUACUUGACUGAAAAUGAGAAGAACUUUUUUAAAGCUGCAUCAGGUAGAAAUUUAGGUUUGAUUCGUUUUUACCUUAAUAAUGGGAUCAAUAUCAAUAUUUUAGAUGAGGAUCGUACUUCUCCAUUGUAUAUAUAUAUUGAUAUAAUCUUAUUAGACAUAUAGCUUGUAGAUAUGGUUCGAUAUAAGUAGUAGAAGAACUAAUUAAUAACAAUGCCAAUUUAGAUAUCACAGAUAUGGCUGGCUGGACUCGUACAUUAUAUAUCAAUUUAAGCAUUACAUGUUGCAGCAUUUUAUUAAAGAGCUUAAGUUUGCUAAUUACUAUUGAAAUCAGGAGCUGAUUUUAGAACAAGGAAUCGUGAUGGUAAUGUGCCUUAAGAUUUGGUGAGAGAUAAGAUGACAGCUGAAAUAUUUAAAUAAUCAUAAGAUCAUCUACAACUCUUUAGUGAUAGAUAAAACAAAAAAUAUGAUCCAGCCUAAAGAUAAUAUGAAGAGUAUUUUCAAUUACUUAAAUUGAAACGAUAGUAAUUCUAAAUUAUUAAAGUUUAGAAAAAAUAAUGAAUGUAAUAGUUUUUGUGAAAAAGUAUCUUAAAGUAAAAUGAUUAGUCCCAAUUCAACUCCUAAAAAAUUGAAAUUAAUUGAAAAAGAAAAUAUUGGUUUCCAAGAUGCUUUGUCUAAAUCUAAUAUUUCUGAAUAAGAGUGUAAAGAAAUUAUUGAUUUCAACAAAGAACUUGGAUUCAAAAUAAAUAAAAAUUUAAUAUCACCUUGUAAUUCUAUUCCUCGAUUCUUUGAUGAAAUUGUAUUUUAUUAUAUUGAUGAUAUAGAUUUCACUUAAUUAAUUAGUAUUAUGGUAAAAUGCAUCUAGAGAGAGAGUUACAUUUAUUGAUUAGGCUAAAUUUAUUAGGCAUGAUUAUAGUACUGAAAAUUUGGCUAUUGAUUUAUUUAAUUAUUCAUGCUUAAUGGGAAUAUCUUAUAUGAUUUCUACUUAAAUAAUUAAACCCACUCCUUAAUCAAUAAUCAAUUGGUUAUUUUAGAAUAUAGAAUAAAAAAAUAAAUAUUAAAUAUCUAAGUAAUUCUUGAUUAAUAUAUCUAGAUUAUUAACUAAAUUGAAUCUAUAAGAAUAGUAAAUGAUUUUAAAAUUGUUUGUUGAUAGAGUUGUUAAUAAUUAAAAUUUAAUCAAUUCUUUACAUAGUCUAUUUAAUAAAUUAUAAGUUUAAAAUGAUCCAUAUAUACUUGAUAUUAUAGUAAAAGAAUUUAGUAGAAGAUAUUAUGAAUUGAAUUUUAAUUAAAAAAGUUAAUCAUUUCCAUUUAAAUCUGAAGAUUCAUUACAUAUGUUCUGUUUUGCCAUAGUAAUUUUAGAUAUUGAAAGCAAUAAAUAUGAUAAAGAGAAUGCUAUUAAAAGUUUUUUUAAGAAUAUUCAAACUAUUAAUAAUGGUGAUAAUUUAAAUUCAAAAUUUAUUUCUGAUAUUAUUGAAUAAUUAUAAUAAAAGUCAAUUGUAAAUUUAGUAGAUGAAUCUAUAAAUGAAUCACUUAGUAGUAAAUUAAGUACUUAUAAUAAUCCUAUAAGUUUGAUUAAAUAAAAAUAAGUAAUUUAUUAAUAUAAUUUAGACUCAUAAUAUAAAUUGUAAAUUAUAUUCUAUAAGUGAUGCAUACUUAUUAACGUCUGAUGGAUAUUUAAAGAUAUUUGAGAAAUCAAAUAGUUAAAUAAAACAAAUAAAUAAUGAAAUACACAUAAGAGGAAAAUAGAAUUAAUAAUUGUUGUAUGUGAUUUGUAAGGAUGAACAAACAUUUAUCUUUAAAUAGAAAAACAUGAAAUUUACAUUAACCAAUCUAAACGAUACUUUUUGA